AUGCAGCCUUUGCUUCCAAAUGGAGUGACGUACAAUGCCAACACCCACAAGGACCGCCUGGGCAAACUGCAGGAGCACCUGUGCAUGCUCUCGGUGCUCUUCAGGAAGCUGCGACUCGUGUUCGACAAAUGCAACGAGAACUGCACCGGCCUCGACCCCAUUCCCCCCGAGGUGAGGCUUAUGUCUGCGCCCCUUUUUUACAGGAUUUAA